CUGGAGCUGGAACAGACAGAGUGAUGUCACUGAACUCCUAAAACUAAAAUACCAAUACACCAGAGGCUUCACACAGAUAGAGAGAUACAGAAAUAGAUAAAUAGAAAGAGAGAGAGAAAUGGUGAGUGUCUGAAAGAGAGAGAGAGAUGGGGGGGGGGGGCUCCCAGUCGAGCAGGGUAGGCAGCACACAGGCAGUCAGAAGUUUUACAACAGAGAGAAACGGAGGAACCAUUGGAAGGUAUAAUUAUACAAAACUACAGGCAACAGGAUAGCAGUCUCUGGCUGCAGCAGCACCACAGAGGUUAGCUCAGUUCUCCAGUGUUUAAUGGCAGUUAGUGGACAACAGAUAGAAGCAGGAGAAUCACAGUGAGCUUCUGACACAUGGAAGCCAUGGAGGAGUUCAAACGAGGGAGAUCUGAUACCCUGGACAUACAGUCAGAGGGUGAGGAGAUGACCCCGGUUACCCUGGUAACCACAAUGACCCCUGACACCGAGGUGAACUCUGAGCCUUCCCAGGCAGAGCUGGCUCAGUGUGAGGCGGAGGUCGGAACUCUACUCAGCAUCAUUGCUGAACUCAACAGGAAAAUGGGCGCAUUACAAGCACCAAGUGAUCCAGAUGACCUUAAACCACAGGAGCCAGUCAUCCUCCCUCCGGCUCCAGCCUCCCUGUCCAGCCCCCCUCCAUCCCUCUGCAACCCAGAGAAACACACUGGCACCGCAUCUAAAGCCCCAGUAACCAACAGAGAGGGUAGUGGUGAAGUAUGGUCAGAACUCCAGGGAGUCAUGUCUGUUCUGGAGGGUUCCAUUAACACCAGGAGGGCCUGGGCUGCCUCUCACACUGCCUGUGGCCAGGACGGACAGAUGGAACACCUCACAGCCGCCAGGGACGGCUGGGUACAAGUCACACAGGUCUUAGAGGAGAUGGAGAGAGAGUUUGGGAUCUCGUACCCGUCUGGUCUGCCCCCCGAGGAGCGUCAGCAAUACCAGAAGGACGUCCUGGCACUUCACCAGCGGAACUGUGACCUGCGCAGCAGCCUACAGAGCAGACAGGAAGAACUAGAGGGGGCAAAGGUCACGGUGGGAGACAUAGAGGUUGAGAGGAACAGUCUACAUGAGAGGUUACUGGGCCUCCAUAAGGCGUGGCGAUCAGGCAGCCUCUCUCCUCCCUACAGCUCCUCAGGGAGCUCCAGUGGUGUGGUUCUGAGUCCUGGCUGGGCCUCCCCUGGUUCCCCUGGUUCCCCUUCAUUCCUUGGCUCUCCUCCCUUCCCCGGGUCACCUCUGUUCCUCAGAAGACCCAUUGCCAUGGGGAUCUUCCCGGCCCUCUCUACUGGGGGGGACAUAUCCUCCUCGGCCUCUCCAUCACCCUCCCCCUGGCCUGGGAGUGUCCCACAAGGCAGCCCCUGUCGUAGCCCCAGCCCCAGCGUCAGCCUGGAGGGUGAGACAGACAGACUACAGAGGUGUAUAGAAAGGCUGAAGGCCCGGAACGAGCGUCUGACUGCAGCUCUGGACAAGAGAAAGGGAGAGUCUGAGCUGAUCAGUAUGACGCUCAGUAGACACGAAGCUGACAGCACAGCCCUGCAGAUGGCUCUCCAAUACUGUGAGGAGUGUGAGGAGGCCUACAGUGAGUUACUGUCUGUGUACGAGGGCAGGAGACAGCAGGUCAUACCACACUGGAGACACAUAGCAGGCCCGGUCAUGGAGAGUCAGCAGCCCAACAGUCCCAGGCCGUCCCUUAGGAGUCUAAGAACUGAGGAGUUGUCAACCUCCUUCUCAACACCAGGGGGUGCUGAUGAGACAGAAACACACAUCCAGACCAGGUUCCAUCUCUAUUAUACAGCCAGGGGGUCCGAGGUAGAGGGGUGCGAGGCGGACAUUCGGGAGCGUAUCGAGCGGUUGAAGCAGGACAGGGCAGCAGUGUGUGUCCCUAAGCCAGGGCCUGGGGGAGAGGGGAAUCUCAGCCCAGAUACAGGCACCCUGGCUGGGCUUAGAGGGACCCGUGGAGGACAAGGGGGCCAGGACACCUCCAACCCCCAGAGCACCAAGAGAGAGAAGGCUGUUCUGCUCUAUGACCUGGUCACUGUCAGGGAGGAGAUGUCGGAGCUGCGAGGUUUAAUCCGUCUGACGGAGAAGGAGCGGAGGUGUCUGGACUGGAGUCUAAUGGCCCAGAAGGCCCAGGAUGCAGCUGGAGCCCUGAUCUCUGAGAGCCUCGCUGAGGAGAUAGAGGACAGGAGGACAGAACAGCAGAGGACUUCUGAGAACGAGGAUAAGCUAAGCAGCGAUGGAGACAUCCCUGGGCCUCAAAACCGUGCCAUCCUUCGAGAGCUACAGGCUGUCCUGCAACGGGAGCAGGUGCUGAAGAGGAGAGUGUCGGCGGUGAGGGAGUCUCUGGACUUGGUUCUCUCCGACAGCGCCUCUCGCAGGAGAGACAACGAUGAGCAGAUGGCUCGGCUCGCACAAGCUCACAGCAAGGCCACAGGGUCGUACCGGAACGCUCGCAGGAAGUACAGGGAGAAGCUGUGGAGGCUGGAGAGUCAGGUGUCAGCAAUGUCAGAUCGUCACAUGACCCAGAUCGGGGCCCUGAAGGCCACGCUGGAGGCCAUGGAGUGCAGGAGGGAGGAGACUGUACUCUGACUGAGCUGAGGUCAGCUUCUGGGGACAUUGGUCCUAACUUCUGGUACAGGGUCAGAUAUUAUAAUCCAAAAUGGUUCGGAUGAAUUUGGGAUUUGAGAGUUAGGAUUAGCCUCGUACUACCAUCCUGAUCUCACGAGUUUACAUAAAAUAUGUUUUACUAUCCCUACUUUACUACACCUACUUUACUACAUCUACUUUACUACACCUACUUUACUACAUCUACUUUACUACACCUACUUUACUACAUCUACUUUACU